CAUUAAUGUAGCUUCACAAAAGCACCAAAUUAAAUAAUUAUAUUUAAAGUUAAAUUCAAAAUUUCCCAUAAUGGGUUGUAUGUGUUGUUCAUUGAGUUCGUUUAUAUCUGUUUGUCUAAAUGCAUUUGAGAGAGCUACAGUGUGCACAGUGUGUGCAGUAUUAACAUUUUUUUUGCUAUUCACAAUAUUAGCCGUUUUGGCUAUCGGAGUCGGUAUUGGAUUUCACUAUUGUUUUGUGACACAGACGGUGGAAGAAAUGUCCAAAGCCGCAAAACUAACUGCUGGUGCUGAAGAAGGUAGGAGAGCAGGUAGUGCAAGUGCACUGACCGGGUUAAGGCGCGCGAACGUGGUGCGAGCAGUGGAGGGCGCGGGCCUGGGCGCCCAGCAGCGAGGAGCGGCCCUGAGGCGCCACCUGCAACGCCGGGAAAUUGCUGACUUGCCACCACUUAGCAACAACCAAACGGCUAAUUUAUCUGCCUUAUCGUUGAGAGAAGAUUUAGUUAAGCAGAAUGUGUCAAAAUGUAUCAAUUGUUAAAGUCUGAAGUCUAAACACAAUUUGAUAAUUUUUGUUACAAGGAAUAUUUUUAACGGCAAGAUAUUUUGAUUUUCCAAAUCAUAGCAUAUUUAUACAUAUCUACGCUUUGGCUUUUUCAAACUUAUUUUGGUGAACAAAGAAAUAAAACGAAUUCAAC